AUGGGCUCCUCGCCGACGACAGCAGAGCCAUCCGCGCUGGAGGUCGCCAACACCGAGCACCUCUCGGCGGAUGAGCUGGAACUUCGUGCUCAAGGCCACCAAGGUGAACUACCACGACAGUUCAGUGCCUUGUCGACGCUGUCUCUUGCCUUCACCAUCACCAAUUCCUGGAUUGCAUAUUCAGCGGUGUUUGCAAUUCCACUUACCGCCGGUGGAGGACCAUGUGUGAUAUUCAGCCUGGUUGUUGGCUUCGUGGUAUGCAGUAUCAUUACCCUUGGCUUGGCGGAGCUGUCGUCAGCGUUCCCAACAUCUGGUGGCCAGUACCACUUUGCAUUCAUGGUCGCACCCCCAAAGUACAGAGCCGCAGUGUCAUACACGAUCGGGUGGAUAAGUGUCUUUUCUUGGUGGAUGCUCUCGACUGGCUCUUGUAUAUUCUGCGCGCAAGCUGUUGCUGCAAUGGCGACCGUCUACUCUCCGGACUACGUGGCUACGCAGUGGCAGGUCUACCUGAUAUAUGUUGCUCUGACACUCGUCGCCAUAGCAUUGAUCAUCCUAUUUCCCAAGCAGCUCCCGCGUGCCGAGAUUGCUUGCUUCUGGAUGACGUGUCUAGGCUUCGUGGUGUCGACGAUUACUGUCCUAGCGCGAAGUGACCAAAAGCAGACAGCGCGAACGGUAUUUGCAGACUGGAACAAUCAAAGCGGUUGGAAUAACGGAGUUGCCUUCAUGAUUGGUGUUGGUCAAGGAAUGUUUUCAUUCAUUGCGAUUGAUGCUGCUACUCAUGUUGCCGAAGAAAUGCCCAACCCAAGAGUAAAUGUUCCUAGAGCAAUGGCUCUGACUAUGGUCAUUGGGCUAAUAACGGUCAUCACCUGGACGGUAGCAUUCAUGUUCUCCGUCUCUGAUCUUGACGAGGUGAUGACAAGCCCAACACCGUACAUGACUGUCUACUUCCAGGCCAUUCGAGAUACCAGGGUGGCACUCUUUUUCACGGUCUGGCUCUGGGCAGCAUAUUUCUCGGCCACUUUAUCCUGCUACGCCACAUCAGGACGACUCGUUUGGGCUUUCUCACGGGAUAACGGUCUGCCAUAUAGCAGUUUCUUCCGCAAAGUCCAUCCAACACUCCGAAUGCCUGUGAACGCAACUCUCUUGACUGCAGCCUUUGCAAUCGUAUAUGGACUGAUCUACGUCGGCUCCACGACGGCGUUCAACUCGUUCAUAUCAGUGUCGAUUCUAGGUCUCAAUGUUUCGUACACUGUCCCUCAAGCCAUUGUCGCCAUUCGAGGUCGUGAGAAUGUCCUACCUCCUCGCCCAUUCGCCUUGGGAAAAUUCACGGGCCUGUUCUGCAAUGUCUUCUCCACCCUGUGGAUCGCCAUGUACACCGUAUUCUACUGCUUCCCAACGUUCAUCCCAGUGAAGGCGCAGAACAUGAAUUACCUCAGUGUGAUCGCAGUUGGUGCACUUUUGUUCAUUGGGUUGAGUUGGUGGCUGGCGAAGCGCAAGACGUUCACGGGACCGAACGUCGUGUUCGAAGGUCUGACAUUAUCAACGAGUUUGUCCACGGGUUAUAAUGGGGAAACCGUUGAGGGUCUGGCGGCUCGAAAGAGGGAUCUGAAGAGUGUCGGAUCAGAGAACUAG